AGCGCUCGUUGCAUGCCAUAUCACCUCCCUAUGCAUACAAAACCGGCGUGGCAUACACACACUCUCAUUCAGAGACUCUUGUAGACAUUCAGGAAGGAAUUACCUUUCCAGACAAAUACACAAACACGUAGCUUUUGUCCAGCCACCAAUUCGGAUGACUGGAACUCCAUCUGAGAAAGGGGAACACCUGCAAGGAAGUGAGGUGGCGAGAAAUUCUACACAUUCACAAUUAAAACAGAUACAUGCCUGCUUCGCUGGAGUUUCAGGACUGCCAGCGUUACUGAUUGGACCUGUGUGUUUGUGGAUGCGCAUGUGAGAGGAACUCUAUCUUCCCUUGAGUUGGCCCAAUGUCAAACCAAGACUGUCUUUCCCCCAUUGGCCUUGACUGCUGCAGCUGCUGCUUGGAUCUGGCCAAUGGAAGUGAACCAGAACCAGGACGAUCUGGACUCCCCAGCCUGGGAAGCCCGAACUCCAUCAAUAACUUCAGACAACUCCGGGACCAGCUGAUGUUCCAGAACCUGAACACAGACAAGUUGAACACCAUCAUGAGACAGGACUCGCUGGAGUCGGUGGUCCGUGACCCCUGCUACCUGCUUAACGAGGGCAUCUGCAACAGCAACAUUGACCAGACCAUGCUGUCAAUUCUGCUCUUCUUCCACAGUGCCUCUGGUGCUAGCGUUGUGGCGAUAGACAACAAGAUCGAGCAAGCCAUGGAUCUUGUAAAGAACCACCUGAUGUAUGCAGUCAGGGAGGAAGUGGAGAUCUUAAAAGAGCAGAUCAAGGAGCUGGCUGAAAAGAACAACCAGCUGGAGCGCGAGAACAGCCUGCUAAAGAACUUGGCGAGCCCGGAGCAGCUGGAGAAGUUCCAGUCACGUCUUCCGUCAGAAACCCUUCUUCCGCAGGGGAUGGAGACAUCCGAGCAUCGCGGGCAGUACAAAGGCUCGGCUGUAUAAGUGGCUCUGCAUUGGGGCGGGCAGAGUCACAGCUCCCACCUGAAAUGGACCUCACAAGUUGUCGUCGUUGUUGAUGUGCAGCUUCCACAUGAAGCUUGCUGUACAGACGGGGAAAAAAACCUGACCCAAAUGAAAGCCUCCGACGUUUCCAGUGGCCUUUGCCUUUUCUGUAAUAUCCGACAAUCUCUUCGGACUGCUGCAGAAAAAGAGAGAGUGAUGUAGGUUACAGUAUGACCAGACCACCGGCCGCGUGGAGGGGGAUCCCGGCCUAGCGUUUCUCUCGCUGCCUCUUGAGGACGAGAGAGGCUUAUCUGACAGUGCUGGUCCCAAACAAAGCACCAAGGGAAUGUUCCCUUAGAGACUUGCUUUUCCGAGUCACAAGAGCCCCAUGUGGAGUUUUCAACGCUACAAGCUACCUGGGAUUGCACAUAGUCAAGUCUGUUGACUGUGCUUAGACUAAUCAGCUCACGUUAGUGGUCUCAGAUGCACACAUCCACAAGAGCUUAUGUGGUUGAGCUGGACCUCAUGGUUCAUGUUGUUACAUACAUUUGGUGAUUUUGGAUCACAUGCUUAGUAAGAAUCUUCUGUAUUCUUUGCCGAUGGGGCUUGCUGCUUGUAAGGGAUGUUCUGCUUUGGUUUUUCUUUUGAAACUGAACAAAAUCAACUCCUGUAAACUGUUGAUUCCUUUGUGGGGGUAGUGAUGUGUAUAAAUUUGCUUAGUUCUGUAAAUUAGCACAUGAUGUAAAGAGAGGAGAUGAAAUGAUGGAGUGGAGCAGUAUCUGCUCUUUGUUUUGCAUGUGCACUCCUGAUAUUGCCAACUUGCUCACUGGCAGGACUUGUUUGUAACUGCAUGUUGUCUGAAGAAGGCAACAUGAUCCUGAGCUAACAUUUCUAACUACCAAAGUCUCACUUCAUUUUCAUGUCACUCAUGACCAUGUAUGUGUGGCGAAGGUUUCUUAUUUUAUUUUUAUUUGAGUUUUUUUGUCUUCGUCUAUUUUUUUUAAAAACAUGAGUGCUGUUGCUUCAACUGUGUCCAUUAAACAAUGUUCUCAACAAUGUAUGGAUGCAAAAUGCACAAAGCAAUAAACCUUAUGUUUACACUAAA